UGUUUUUUUUACUUGUGCAGCACGCAUACCUGGGAGUGAUUGGCUAGAUCAGCCAAACUGGGAGAGUCGUGAAAAGGAGGAGGAAUAUUGAAUACCGUGUUGUCGUCAAGAAACUUUUUGUAGUAUUCUACGUAGCCAACUAAAAUCUCGUUUUACAAGUGCCUUUUUGUCUGUUUUACUUACACGCGCUGAGAGAAGUUGAGAAAUGUCUUCUAUUGAGAUUCCUGAGAUUUUCAAAGCUCUACUUGAGGGCCCCUUCACUAUUCCUACCUUAGAUAACGCAAAAAUGUCUGCAGAGCCGAUCACCACCACACUAGAAACAACCAUGGGUGCACGAGGUGCGUUUCCCGUGGUUUUGAAGAAGAUAAUGGAAAUGCCCCCGCCGGUUUUACUGGAGGGCGAUGAUGACAACGACAAGGAGAAGCUGUUAACAGGUGAAAAUGUGGAUAUGGGAGGAGAGAGCGGGAUGGGUCCAUCGGCUGCCCUAACCCCCGCCAUCUGGGACAAGACCAUCCCGUACAAUGGUGAGACCUUUCACCUGGAGUACAUGGACCUGGAGGAGUUCCUUAUGGAGAAUGGCAUUCCCACUUCACCGUCGAUCCUGGAAGAUGCUCUUAACAAGGAGAAUGAAGAGAAGGCAGAGCCCGUUACCACAGUAGCCAAUCCGAAGACAGCUCCAGUUGCCCCCGUUGCCCUGCUAUCUGUCCUGGAGCUGGACAAUUGUGAGGAGGUGGAGGUGGCCACUGUCACCUCUCCUGAUAUCACAGCCAACACAGAGGUGGUGACCGACAAGGACAGGCUGACCCCUGAACCGAUUGACCCGGAGGAGAUUGAGGUGGACGUGAACUUUAACCCGGACCCCACAGACCUGGUUCUGUCCAGCAUUCCUGGAGGAGAACUUUUCAACCCACGCAAACACAAGUUCUCAGAAGACGAACUCAAACCACAGCCAAUGAUCAAGAAGGCUAAGAAAGUGUUUGUACCAGAGGAUUCUAAAGAUGAGAAGUACUGGCAGAGGAGGAAGAAGAACAACGUGGCAGCAAAACGUUCUCGAGAUGCACGGCGAUUGAAGGAGAACCAGAUCACGGUGCGGGCGGCGUUCCUUGAGCGAGAGAACAUGGCGUUACGGCAGGAAGUGUCUGAGCUACGGAAAGACUUUGCCCGCAGCAAGAACGUUGUGGCUCGCUAUGCUGCCAAAUUCGGAGAGCUUGCGCCGCUGGAAGACCAGUAGAGAUGUUGAUCUAUUCAUUUAUUUUUGUUAUGGGUAAAAUAAAUAAAUAAAUCAAAUACCUGAAUAGCGGUAGAUGGAUCAGAAGAAGACAAAGAAGAGGAGUGUGCUUGUGUGGAUGAGAGGGAAUGAUGGUGCCAUGUAUAUAUUUUGGAAUAAUAUGUCUGAUGGUAAUUGUUUAUUUUCAUUUUAAACUUGUGCUGGUGAAUUUAAGUAUUUUGUUAAAUGCAAUUACUUUCAUACUUUUGUACACAGUUGCCUUUCAAAGGCACAAUGUUUCAUAUUUUGAAGGACGAUGGUUGGUGGGGUGAAGAUAAAUAAUAUUUUUGUUAGUACAAAUUUUCUUUUAAUGUUAUAAGGAUUUACAAUCUAACCAUGACUUGUCUAUUAGCAGUUCUGGUUUGCAAUUACUUUGCUUCCUAGUUUCCCAUUUAACAGUGAUAGUUACAGGUCUAUAUGGUGAUGGGUUUUCCAUUAUUCUAUGGCUAUUAAGUUCAGGUGUUAGUUUAUUUUUUAUUUUUUUUAAAGCACAGCAGUAUCUGUUGGGAGUUUUAGGCUGGUUAUAAAAAUGGCUUCAUGAAAUGACUUUGAACAAUAUACUUUACUGUGAAUCCAAUAACUCAAGUUAAUCAGGGUAUUAUUACUUCAGGGUAGUUGAUUUAUAACCAUAUUAGUAAGCCCUCAAACACAAAUCUCUUCCUCAACAUAUUAACACUUGUUCCAAACUCUCUGUAAUGCUCUUCAGUCUGUUGUCCAGUAGAAUUGGAUUGUUGUCUUUUAAAGGAACUAUAUUUUCUCUCCAAGUUCUCAUUAUUUAGUUUUCUAUGAAGAUGUGUUUCAAAAGGUUAUGUACAGUAUAGGAUCCACUAAUGCAUGUAAAUAGUAACAGGUAUAUUUUUUGAGGUCUUCUUUGUUUUGAAAUAUAUUGACACAAUACAAAUAUAAAUAAGUUGACUUGGCAUAGCUGGCAUAACUGCAUUGAAAGUUAUGGCUGGGAUGUUUAUUUUGUACUAACUCCAUGCAGAUAAAGACAGCUUCCAAACUCAAUGUUAAAAAAAGGUGACAGAUGUGUGUGUGUGUGUGUGUGUGUGUGUGUGUGUUACUAUGGAAAUGAAAGACAGGAGUUGCUGUUAAAACAAAAUUAUAAUCAAGGACGUUAAGUGUCUUUGGACCACUCAAUGCGCUACCCAGUCGUCUUUAAAAGGCAAUGCCUUGUGUUAACUAUUACCUAUCUGACACCAAAAACACAUGUCUGGGUUCAUGUAUUCGGUGUGUUGCUCUUUGUUCCUUUUUUUUCAGUUAACAAGCCUGCUUUUCACUUUUCUAGUUCCUGCUGAUGUAAUAACGAAAAAAGAAUUGGUUAAAGUGCUUCCUGCUCAUGUUUUCUUAAGUAUUGCUUUUUUAUUUGGAAUAAAGAUGCAUUCAGACUUUGCAA